AAAACAAGAGUUAUAUUAAUUUACAAAUGGAAAACAUAAAGAAAAAAUAAGAUUUUUCAAGGAGAGCGUAAGAUGAGUUUAUCCAUUUACUUUUCAUUAUAUAAUGGAAGAGAUGGUAGUUUAAUGUCCGGCGCAACUAAUGAGAAACUUCUCUUGUUACGAAAAGCCCGUAACUACCAUAACUGAAACCGCCAAAAAACUACGUGAACACCCAGAACUCAUCAAGCUUAACAACCAGUUAGCAAAUAUCACCCGCUCAUCCCAAUACAACGAUGCACUUCAUCUGUUCGACAAAAUUCGUUCACCUCUCUACCAGCACCUCAAACCAGACCAGUAUACGCUCUCCAUAACGCUCACUGCUUGUGCCAAUAUACCUAACAUCAAAUUUGGCGACAAGCUCCACGCCCACGCCAUUAAGUCCGGCCUCAGAAGCUUCCUUCAUGUUGCAAAUCCGCUCCUUUCUCUGUACGCGAAAGCGAAAGACAUUGUCUCUGUCAAGUGGGUUUUUGAUGAAAUUGAGAACCCAGAUGUGUAUUCUUAUACGACGCUGUUAUCAUCCAGUACCAAGAUGGGGCAUGUGGAUUAUGCCUGUGAGGUAUUUGAUAAAAUGCCCAAUAGGGAUCUGGCAGUGUGGAAUGCAAUAAUUACAGGGUGCAUGGAAAGUGGGAACGAAGAGAUUGGAUUUAGUUUGUUCAAAGAUAUGUGUAGAUUUGGUGUGAGGCAUGAUAAUUAUAGUUUUGCUAAAGUUCUAAGUGGGUGUGACUUGGCCAUGGUGGAUUUCGGGAUGCAGGUGCAUUCAUUAGUGAUUAAAACUGGAUAUAUGAUCAGAACUUCUGUUGUUAAUGCUUUGAUUACUAUGUAUUUUAAAAGUGAAAAUAUUCUGGAUGCUUAUUUGGUGUUCGCAGAAACAGAAUAUUUAGCGCAUGAUCAGAUUACUUACAAUGUGAUGAUUGAUGGAUUGUUGAGUAUGGGGAAAUUUGAAGAAGCCUUGAUAAUGUUUAGAAAAAUGCUAGAGACUUGUCUUAGGCCUACAGAAUUGACUUUUCUGAGUUUCAUGAGCUCAAUUUUAUAUACAGAAGUUGGGCAUCAAAUUCAUGUCCAAGCCAUCAAAAUGGGUUUUGAAGGUCGUACUUCUUUCAGUAAUGCAACUAUAAGUAUGUAUUCAAGAUGUGGGGAUCUAAGUGCAGCUUACAUGGUUUUCAAGCAACUGGAAAGGAAGGAUCUUGUUUCAUGGAAUACAAUGAUUUCCAGCUAUGCUCAAGUAAAUUUGUCUAAUUCAGCAAUUUCGACCUAUCUGGAAAUGCAGAGAAUAGGAAUGGAACCUGAUGAGUUUACUUUUGGAAGCUUAUUGACUAGCUCAGAGCUUACAGAAACUGUUGAGAUGAUUCAUGCCGUUUUAUUAAGAAACAGUCUGAUUUCAAAUAUACAAAUUUCAAACGCUUUGGUUUCUGCAUAUUCCAAGCAUGGGAAUAUGAAGCAGGCCUAUCAAAUAUUCUGUGACGUGACUUACAGAAAUUUGAUCUCCUGGAAUGCAAUUAUUUCUGGUUUCUUGUCAAAUGGGCUGCCUAUCCAAGGUUUAGAGCGAUUCUCAGAGCUGCUCAUGUUGGAAUUCAGGCCGAAUGAGUAUACUCUCAGUAUUAUUCUAAGUAUUUGUGCUGGCAUUUCAGCUUUGAGACUAGGGAAACAGGUUCAUGGUUAUAUUUUGAGCUUAGGAUUCAGUUCAAAAGCUUCUCUAAGUAAUGCCCUUAUUACAAUGUAUGCCAAAUGUGGACUUAUAGAUUGGUCUUCAAAGGUAUUCAAUGCAAUGACUACAAGAGAUUUAGUUUCAUGGAAUGCCUUAAUAUCAGCUUGUGCGCAGAAUGGGAAAGGAAGCGAAGCUGUGUACUGGUUUGAGUCAAUGCUAUACCCAUGUGGGGUAAAACCAGAUGAUGCAACCUUUAAAAUCAUUCUUUCCGCAUGCAGUCAUGCUGGCUUGGUCGAUGAUGGCAUUCGGAUUUUCAACUCAAUGACUGAUAAGUAUGGUGUUGUUCCGGGAGUCGAUCACUUUUCUUGCAUUGUUGACCUUUUAGGCCGUGCUGGGUAUUUCGAUGAAGUUGAAAGAAUAAUAAAAAGUGAGCAUUUUGAAGCUCAUCCCAACAUCUGGUGGACAUUGUUAAGUGCUUGUGCAGCUCAUGGUAAUUUAAAGCUCGGAAGAUUAGUUGCUGGAUUUCUUCUUGAAAUAGAACAUGAUAAGCCUUCAGUUUAUGUUCUUUUAUCAAAUAUGUAUGCAGCUGCCGGUCAAUGGGAAGAAGCAGCUAAGCUAAGGCACUUGAUGGAUAACACUAGGGCAAUGAAGCAAACUGGGUACAGUUGGAUCAGUCCAUAAAUAUUUGGAAAUCCUCAUUUCUGGAGUUUCAGAGGUUUGGAUAAAACAAAAUUAACAGUCUAAUCCAAUAGCAGUUUAUAGUUGAUGCUUAAUUAUUCAUAUCAGUGGAAAUAGAGUACAUGAUGAAGU